UGCGAGCCGAGCCAGGGGCUGGUCUGGAGAAGCAGCCCACGAUCCGACACAUCUCUCGGUUCCCUCUGGGCGGCUGGGACGGCACCGCACCAGGUGUCCAGGCUUCGCUGGGCUGCCUCCCGCUCCCUGCCAGGCUCCCCAGAUGCUGCAGGCUUGGGGGUUGGGACUCCCUGGGUUCAGAGCGCUCAGGGGAACCCCAGUUCACCGGCUCGCUGUCGUCUUAGCCCCGAAGGGAAGGGAUAGGUGUGGCCCCGCCCUCCAGCUGCGCGAGCGGCGCCCCCUGCCCUGCAGCCCAGACUCCAAGGAGAAUCCAUUUCUGCACAUGGCUAUCUGGCUGUUUGAGGCCGUGCUCCAUCAUGCACCAUGCUGGUGACGUCACAGGACGCAGAGACGUCAAUGUUAACAUAUAGCCAGCUGACAGGAAGUCAUGGAUUUUUCUGGAUGGAUUGCUGCCGGAAGCCCCCUGCCAUAGCCAGCUCCUCUUCAACGUUCAAGGAUUUUCCCGGACAUUGAGUAAUGAGAAUUUCGAAACCAUACUUGAGAAGUACGUCCAUCCAGUGCUAUUUGUGUUUACUUCUGAACAUUCAUUUUUUAACCGAGGCUGGCAUUCAUGUCUUCAUUUUGGGCUGUAUCAGUGCAAGUCUUCCCAAAACAGAGGCGAACUGGCAUGAUGUAAUAAGUGAUUUGCAAAGAUUUGAAGAUCUCAUUCAAUCUAUACAUAUCGAUGCCAAUUUAUAUACUGAAAAUAAUGCUCAUCCCAAUUGCAAAGUAACGGCGAUGAAGUGCUUUCUCCUGGAGUUACACGUUAUUUGGCAAGAGUCGAAUAAUAUGGACAUUAGAGAUACGAUAGAAAACCUUAUCAUCCUAGCAAACAGCAGUUUAUCUUCGAAUGGGAACAUAACUGAAUCUGGAUGCAAAGAAUGUGAGGAACUGGAGGAAAAAAAUGUUAAAGAAUUUCUGAGGAGUUUUGUGCAAAUUGUGCAAAUGUUCAUCAACACAUCCUGAUCGCCAUGAUCCUCCUCAUCGUUUCUUUUAUUUGCAAACAUCUCCCCUCGCUCAGAGGCGGUGGAACACUUGGCAUUCCCAGCGUGCCCCCUAAACAAGUGCUUCCCGCAGGAAGACGAUCGGGACCUGGGGUCAGAGGAAGUCUUACAAAUGAAGGCAGAAAAAUGGCAUUGAGUGACAUGGUGUCUAUGAACAUUUAUUUUUAAUUUAUUAUUGAAACUGU